GGGCCGCUACUAUAUAAUUUACGUAGAGUUGUAGUUUAAAAGGAUUUGUGUGGAUGUUUUAAUCCAAACAGUAACAAAGUUUCUUUUUUAAGUGGGGAUUUCAAGGUUUAUAGUGGAUGAAUCCAUCGGUCCACUAAUACAGUAAAAACGCUCCUUUUUAACUAGUCUAUUUUUUAAUAAAACUUCAAUAUGGGUAUAUCUCGUGAUAGUCGUCAUAAGCGCCGUAAGACCGGUGGUCGUUUCCCAAUUCAUAAGAAAAAAAGAAAGUAUGAGAUGGGUAGACCCGCGGCCAACACCAAAUUAGGCUCUCGUUUGGUACGCAAAGUGCGCUGCAGAGGCGGAAACCUAAAAUUCAGAGCUCUGCGUCUGGAUUCUGGAAACUUUUCAUGGGCUACACAGAACGUGGCUCGCAAGACCAGGAUUAUAGAUGUUGUAUACAAUGCCAGCAGCAACGAACUUGUCCGUACCAAGACAAUUGUUAAAAACGCCAUCAUUGCCAUUGAUGCCACUCCAUUCAAGCUUUGGUUUAAGAAUCACUAUGGCUUCGACUUGGCCAAGCCAUCUGAUGAAACUCCAGAGGAAUCGGGAAAGAAGUCUGCUGGACCUGUUCACAGGUCUCUAUUGGAACAAUUCUCUUCCGGUCGUCUCCUAGCUUGCGUUAGCUCCAGGCCCGGUCAAUCUGGCCGUUGCGACGGUUAUAUUCUUGAGGGAGAAGAGUUGGCUUUCUAUCGUAGACGUAUGGAUAAGAAGAAGCGCGCAUAAAGUUUUUAACUGCUU